UGCGUGCAUGUGUGAAUAUAUGUGCACGUAUUUACAUGUGCAUGCACAUCAUCAUCUCUCUCGAGCUUCGAAUACUGCUCCGAUCGUCACAUGCGUACGAUUGAUCAGCUCUUCGAUUGAAAAACAAACUUCAAUUUUUUCUCCGAUUGAUUGAUGAAUAUGAACACUAGGAGUUCUCUACCUCCGUCGGGAAGAAGCUCGGUUCUUCCCUUCCAACCCAAUCGUAGCUAUAGCACAAAGCCCGAGCAACCAGCAUCCCCAAAUAUCGGUCCAAUAGGGCCGGAGUGUUCAUCCAAACAGGAUCAUAGGAUGUCAUCUUAUGCUAGUCCGUUUAGUUCAGAGAUAAGUCGGAUGUCUGACAAUCCCCCGAAGAAUUUGGCCCAUCGACGUACCCAUUCUGAUGUCCUCACCCUCCUGAAUGAUGUUAGCUUAGAUGGUGAUCUAGGACCUGUAGGUGGAUUAGAUGGAUUUUCUUGUUUUGAUGAGACUGAGGAGGAUCUGCUGCCAGAAUAUCUUGAUUUGGAUGGAGGUUCCAAUUUGAUAUCUGAGAAUUGUGCUUUGCCAAUGGAAAAACUGUCUACUUCUGCAGCAGAGGCAGCUUCUUCAUACCGGCUUCAGCACAGCCGAUCCAUGGAUUUAAAUACUUAUGUAGAAACAGAGAUGCUAAAGCCACGCUUAGAAAAACCAUCUUCAGCUGAGUCUGAUAAAUCAAUUUCUGCUGCCAAGCUCGCUGAGCUUGCUCUUACUGACCCAAAGCGCGCUAAAAGGAUCUGGGCGAAUAGGCAGUCAGCUGCAAGGUCGAAGGAACGGAAGAUGAGGUAUAUCGCUGAGCUUCAAAAAAAAGUCCAGUCAUUGCAAACAGAUAAAGCAUCCUUGUCCAUGCAGUUUGCCUUAAUGCAGGAGAAUACCAAUUGUGCUGCAUCUGAAAAUGUUGAACUCAAACUUCAGUUGCAAUCCCUUGAACUGCAAGGGCAACUGCAAGAUGCUCUAAAUGAGGCGAUGAGGGAUGAGAUCCGGCAUCUAAAGGUGCUGACCGGCCAGGCAAUGCCGAAUGGCCAUAAUCCUACACCAUAUGGAGCUAACCAAAACCACCACCACAACAGCCAUGCUCAGCCGUUGCAGCAUCAGUUCCGACAGCAUCAGCUGGACCAGUUUCAGCCGCGUCAACUGAUGCUCCAUUAGUUUCGGUACUAAACACUAAUCGAGUGCAGGCAUUGCUUUUGGCGUGUCGGAAAUGGAAUGUUCGUAUAUAUUCGUUGCUGGAUAGCUGGGUUUUGUAGGCUUAUUUUUGCUACGUUUAGCCUUAUAAUUUGUUGCAUUUGUUCAGCUCUUAGAUUGUUUGUCGACGUCCCUUGAACUUUGUGGACGGCUCUUAUCUAAGUAGCUUUAAGUCUUUUGACAAACCAAUUUUGUUUCAUUGUUUAUGCAAAUAUAUAUUAUUGCAUAUAAGAAACAUAAAAAGUUAUGUUGUUUGAGGUAA